GAAACAAUUAAGUAAUUACGGAGCAAUUUAUACACUUCUCUCUCUUCUUCUCCUUGCUCCUCCUCCUCGCAGCAGUCGCUUCUUCUCAAUCACCCAAAUACACGAAAGUUUAGUAAAGGGUUUAUAUUUUGGGAGCAUUCAGCGAUGGGUUUCGGUUCUGUUUAUCGCACUCUAACUGAAAUAUUUCCUCAGAUUGAUGCACGAAUUUUGAGGGCUGUUGCAAUAGAACACCCCAAGGAUGCUGAUGAAGCUGCUGCUGUUGUUCUUUCAGAUAUUCUUCCUUCAUUUACCUCAGAUUUGUCCCAUGAUCUAACUCAAUCUUCGAACAUGUCGUCUGCAAGUAUUUCAGAACGCCAAGAGGGUGCAUCUUCUAUUCUGGGAGGUGUUGUUUCUAGGUGUCGCUCAUUUCUUGGAGCUUCAGAAACUUCUUCUUCUUCUUCUCCUUCAUCUUCUUCUUCUUCAGAAAUUACCCCCCUGGUUGUUGCCCGUAACCAUGAUAGCAGUACUUUAAGUACUGAUUUGAUCUCAAAUUUGCCAUCAACUGUUGGUCCUGAUGUUUGCCAUAGAGUCUUCGAAAGUGAGGAAGUUCAAUCUUUGAAAAAGGCUCGUGGAAAAGAGCACGAAAACUAUGAUUUUUCUGAUAGGUGUUUUGAUGUUACGAGCAAUGCAAAACAUGGCUUGCAUGUGCCAGAGGAUGACACUGCCUCAGUGGUCUCUGCCAUUUUCCAAGAGAAUGCUAAAUUGACUUGCGAAUUUCUGGAAGAUCGUGGGUUUUAUAUGAAAUGGAAUCAGGCAGAAAAUGCUGCACCGAAGGUGGUCGAUUUAACUCCUAGAGAUAAUACGACUACUGCACAGCAGGGUUCAUGUUUUGAAGUUGGCUCUGGGACUGGGAGUACUAAUGUUGUGGAUGAGACUUCAAAUGGUUCAUUGUUCUGUGAAAAUGGUGAUACUGAAAUAGGUGAUGCUUUUAGUACAUCAACCCAUGUAUGCAGCGUUGAUCACCUUGAAGAGAUUAUCGAAGAUGCCAAAAGUAAUAAGAAAACCUUGCUUACUGUGAUGGAAUCGGUUACGAAUUUGAUGAGAGAAGUUGAACUACAAGAGAAGGAUGCAGAGAAUUCCAAGGAGGGAGCUUCUAGGGGAGGUUUGGAUACUCUUCAAAAGGUUGAGGAGCUCAAGAAGAUGCUGGAUCAUGCGAAGGAAGCAAAUGGCAUGCAUGCUGGAGAAGUAUAUGGAGAGAAGUCAAUUUUAGUCACUGAAGUGAAAGAGCUUGAAAACCGGCUGCUCAACUUAUCAGAAGAACGAAACAAAUCUCUUGCUGUCCUUGAUGAGAUGCGAGGAAGUCUUGAAAUAAGACUAGCGGCAGCACUGGAAAUGAAAAAGACUGCUGAACAAGAAAAGAAAGAGAGAGAUGAUUCUGCACUUAAGCUACUUGCUGAACAAGAAGCCAACAUGGAGAAAGUAGUCCAAGAAUCAAAGCUUCUACAGCAGGAGGCAGAGGAAAACUCCAAACUUCGAGAGUUUCUUAUGGAUCGUGGACAGAUCGUAGAUUCCUUACAAGGAGAAAUUUAUGUGAUAUGUCAAGAUGUGAAGCUGUUAAAAGAGAGAUUUGAUAACCGAGUGUCAGUAACCAAAUCCAUCUCCUCCAGCCACACAAGUUCAUGUGGAUCAUCUAUGAGAAGCUUGGUGCUCGAAAAUCCUUCUGCGCAAUGGAAUGGAGUGCUUAAAACCUCAAGCUACAACAAUUUCCCAGAAGUAGCAGCUUCCUUCAUGAACAACGAGAAAGAUGAUUGUAGAGAGCUUAUUGAAGAUGGUUGGGACAUCUUUGAUUAGGAGACCGACCUUUUAAGUUCAUUGGUGCUGAAGAAUGAAGUGAGCGUAUAUAUAGGGUUCUUGAAUGCUAGAAUCAAAGAAUAAAUGGGAAUUGUUUCCUAUUUCUCUUAGAUCAAAACUUGGAUCAGGGAUUGUAUACUGGUUCUAGUUUUAGCUUUAUUCAACUUAUGAGCUAUAUGGAUUUCCUCAAGUGUUUUCUUUUUUGGUUUGACAAAGAAGAAGAUAACAAACGUUUCUAAUAUUUUUUUAAAGGGAUUUAAUGAUUCAGAAGCGUUAUAGAUUAA